AUGCCCCGCGUGCUCUUUGGUCACGGCUAAACUCCUCCCCGAGAAAACUUCCGCGAAAGAGGAAGCAAGAGGGGAGCCAUCCAGGCGCGCCUCCUUCUUGGAAGGAAGAGGGAUCAGAGAUCUGUAGGAUCGCCUUCCCUCGAAGGGCAGACAAGAGGGCGAAGAGAAGGCCCUGGAUUUUCAUUCAAUGAACUGGUGAACUGCCUUGUGAAUUGCAAACAUGUCCUUGGUUGAUAUCCAGAUGAGUUCAGCAGACCUUUUGCACAAAGAGCAACUGGACGCUGGUGGAUUUGGAAUGAUUUCGUUAUGUUCCCACAAGAGCCAUGGACUUGUGAUCUUAAAAACAGUAUACACUGGACCUCAACGCAAAGAGUGUAAUAAUUCUCUUCUAGAAGAAGGCAGAAUUAUGCACAAAUUACAACAUGACCGUGUGGUCAAGCUUCUGGGCGUCAUUUUGGAAGAUGGGAACUACUCCCUUGUGAUGGAAUACUUAGCCAAAGGAAACUUGAUGUCGGUACUCAAGGCAACUUCUAUUCCUUUGCCCUUGAAAGGACGCUUCAUCUUUGAGAUAAUUGAAGGGAUGCUUUAUUUAACUGAGCAGGGCUUAGUACACAAGGACCUCAAACCAGAAAACAUCCUUGUAGAUGAAGACUUUCAUAUCAAGAUAGCAGACCUUGGUGUAGCUUGUUUCAAAAACUGGAGCAGACUGACCAAAGAGGAGACCAGCCGGCAAAGGAAGAUCAAGUGCAGCUCCCAGAGCAAUGCCGGCACCCUUUUCUAUAUGGCUCCAGAGCAUUUGCGACAUAUCAACACUAUACCGGUGGAGAAGUCCGACGUCUACAGCUUUGGCAUUGUAUUAUGGGCCAUUUUUGCCUGCAAAGAGCCUUAUGAGAAUGCUGUAAAUGACUUGCAUGUGUGCUUUUGUAUCAUGAACGGGGAGAGGCCACUUAAGGAAGAAGUAAAAAAUAAAUGCCCAGAGGAAAUUAUUACUUUAAUGGAACAAUCCUGGAGUCAAGAGCCAGAGGAACGCCCAACCUUUGCAGAAAUCAAUACAAUAUACAAGCCAUUUUACCAAGAGAAUUAUGAAAAGUAUGUUGAAGAUGAUGUGAGGAAAAUAAAAGAAGUGUAUCCUGAACCAAUUGAAGUUGUUAAAAGGAUGCAGUCCCUCCAAGUAGAUGCUGUGGCAGAACCACCAAGUAACAGUCCCCCAACUGAUCUUCCCAGUUCACUGCACAGCUCUCAGCACCUUGGGAACAACACUGUGGAUGAGACCCAGUUUGCCGCUUGUCCGGUGAAUGAACCCGUGGAGAGCUGUGAAAAUGCCGUUGAUCCCUCAGUAACCUUGGAGAGGAAACUGCAAGAAGAGCUGAACUACCAUACGCAUGGCAGCCGAAUGGACAGGCAGGAGAACCAUUCUGCGUCACACAGCGCUGCGGCGUGGAAUGAAAAGAGAAGGAUGAAGGUGUCCCAUGACCCGUUUACAAAGGGGCCCGUUGUCCCUCCGGCACAAGAGUCAAACUCUGUCUCUGGUAUCAAUCCUAGUAAUGCCUUUGGGGGCCCUUAUGGUUUUCCUUGGCCAUCAUCACCAGCUGGGACAGCUCCAGAAAAUGGAAAUCCGACAUUGGAUCAAAUGAAUCCUAAUGAGGCAAGGCCUUCACAUUCCAGAUCAUUCGGUGCCAAAGAGCUGUAUAGAUCGCACUCAACCAGUCCUUUUAGUUACUAUAAAAUACCUGUACCAGAAUCGGAAAUAGAUCGAUUUCCUCAUGAUGUACCUACAAGCCUAAGUACUCAAACUGGUCUAAGGGAAUCAAGGCCCGUUAAGAAGAAGAACUUUGCCUAUACAGCCUCACCCAUGGAUAAUACAGGAGAACCUCCACGUUUCAACAUAUUUAACAGUACUGGAAUUCAAAUAGGCUCUUACAACCACUUGGAAAUUAAAGACCAGUCACUGCCCAGCAUACCUCCAGCGCCUGUUCUCUAUAAUAGCAAAGCCUACCAUGAUCUAUUCAAGAGCACCACUGUUGUUUCUGACACACAUCUCAACAUCGUAAGGGACAGUGUGGGAAAGCACUGGAAAGACUGUGCCCGUAAACUGGGUUUCAGUGAUGCAGAGUUGGAUGAAAUUGACCAUGACUACGAACGUGAUGGACUCAAAGAGAAAGUUUACCAAAUGUUUCAGCGGUGGCUAAUGCGACAAGGUAGCAAAGGGGCAACCGUGGGGAAGCUGGCCUUAGCUCUCCAUGCAUGCCACAGGAUAGACCUUUUGAACAGUCUUGUCAAAAUUAACAAGGAGUCGAAAUGAAUAAGAAAUGAGAGACAUCCGGAGAACUCUGCUUUUUGAAAGACAACUUUUCUACAAGUAACAUGUGUUUGCUUUUCCCUUUCAUUGCCAUAAGAAAUGCUUUGACUGCUGCCAGAUCUUCACCAUGAUGCUGCCGGAAUAACAAUGAUAAAAAAUGUGAUUUUUCUUCUUUCAGCUAGGCUCACCUGAUUUUUAUUAUCAAACCUACUCUCUAUGCAACGACACCAUAAAAUAAGAAAAGAGGAAUCGAUAUUUUACAACAUGUUGCCAAAUGGUUUAUGCAUUUGCAUACUUUUAAUAAAAAAAUAUAAAUGGG